AAUGGAUGUGAUACCAAAGAUAUCUCCGUUGAAUUGGGCAUAAGGAGAUAUUCUAUUUUCAACUGAUGAUUAUGCAGAAGAAAUCUAUUUUAUUUCAAUAGGAGAGAUAACAACAAGGGCUGCUGAUGGUUCAACCAUUUCAGUUUAUAGAGAAGGAGAUACUUUAGGAUUAUUGGAAGCAAUUUAUGAUGUGAGAAGGAUAGGAACUGCUAUCUGUAGUAAGAAUACUUAACUCUUCAGUUUGGAUAGAACUACUUAUCUUUAAAUGUUGUAGGAUUACCCAUAAUUACUCUCAGAAGUUAAAUAAUAAGUUGACAAAAGAAUCAAAGAAGUUAAGCCUUUCGUUGAAGAUGCUACCAUUUUAAAUAGAUCUAUCUAUGAAGUCAUGCAAGAUUAUUAGAGGAAGAUUAAUAAAAUCAAGAAAAUUAUUGAGCAAUUACAAAAAUCAGAAGAUAGUAAUGACAUUAUUGAUACUGACAAAAAUCAAUUAUAAAUAUUUCUACAAACCAAUACUUAAUUAGCCGAUAUUAUGAAUUUAUAAAGAGAAUCCAAUUCCAGAGAAACUGUGAUGUUUGAUAAUGCUAAAACAAUGAAUAAUCUUAUUGAUUAAUUAGCCGAUCUAUGGUAAAAAUAAUUGAUCGAAAAAAUUGAUUAAAUGCAUACUGAAACUACUUAUAUGAUAUAAGCUGUUCAAGAUAGAGUUGAAUAUUAUCAGAAAGCUACAAAGAAGUUUUCUAAUCUAAAAAAUGAUCUAACUAAAUAAAAAGAAAAUAUUCAAAGCAUGACCAAAUUAUGA